UGUCCCUGUACAUUAUGGCAAACGCCUAGGUAUAUAUAUAUAUAUGUAUAUAUAAGAUAAGAACGAUAUUCCUCUCUCUACUCCUUGAUCUCAGACUACUUACUCACUUUUUAUUUUGUAAACUACUUGAACUGCGUGAAUUUGGCCAAAAUGAGGUUUUUAUGUUUACAUGGAAAAGGCACCAGUGCUGAGAUCUUUGCUAUUCAAUCGGGUAUGCUAUCAUUUCACCAACUUACAAUACUCCCCUCAUAGACACACAGAGAUAUACUAACGCAUAACCUCCAGCAACCUUCCGCCGUCUUCUUCCCCCCUCAUAUACCUUUGAUUUCCUCGAUGGACCCUACACAUCCCCACCGGCCGCCGGAGUAUCACUUUUCUUCAACCCCCCAUACUACGCCUACUACCACUCCUCAGAUCCAUCCGCCAUCCGCGAAUCAUAUUCCUUUCUGCAAGAACACAUUGAUAAAAACGGUCCUUAUGAUGGCGUAAUGUGUUUUUCACAAGGCUGUUCCCUUAUCGCCGGCUUCUUAGUAGAUCAUCAAGUAACACGUCCACAUAUCCCUCUCCCAUUCAACUGCGCCAUAUUCAUAUGUGGAGGAAUGCCAUUACCUAUCAUUGAAGAUAUAGGCAUUGAAAUAUCUACCACAGCGCGAGAACUAGAAGAGCAAUCGGUAAAAGAACUCUUCGCCACAGCCGCCGCAGUCGAAACCGCCAAACCGGGAGACGAUUACUGGAAUACCAAAGCGGUAAAAACGUCGAUAUUAAAUGUGGAGAAUAUAGAUUUGGAGAAUCCAUAUGGAUUCCAGGUUCCGGAGGGGUGGAAAAUACAGAUUCCAACGGUGCAUGUUUAUGGCAAGAAAGAUCCUAGACGGCUGGCGAGCUUGAAUUUGGCGAGCUUUUGUGCGGGAAAGAAGAGGGUGUGGGAUCAUGGGGGUGGUCAUGAUAUUCCUAGGUUGUUGCCUGUGUCGAAGGAGAUUGCGCGGUUGGUGAAGUGGUGUGCGAAGAGUGUGGCGGAGGAGAGGGAGGCUAAAGAAUUAUGAAGUGAUGUGAUGGGACGGGGUGGGGAUUUUGUUUGUGAGAUUAUCGUUUUUAUAAAUUUAUGCUGAUGUGAUUGGAGUUUAUUUAGAUGGUUUGGAAACAAUAGUUAAUAGAGAAGAUCUAGAAGUUUUGGAAUGCCCAA